UUGCUGGAUUACGCAUUAUUUGAUUCUAAACUUAAUUCAUCGAAAGCCUCUUUUGUUUCCAAGAGGUGCGCUCAGGAGGUUUCUGAGAUUGCGAUUCUGGAAGAGCGAUUUGCACUGCAAAAAUACCUAACUUCUACUGAGCGUACGUCAUUGGCGGAGCAGCUUAAAAUGAGUGAUGCACAAGUAAAAACAUGGUUUCAGAACAGAAGGACAAAAUGGAGGCGCCAUGAGUCAGAGUUAAGAGAACAGCAGCGACGAACCGUGAAUCGCAUACUUGGAUCUCAACUUUCUAACAAUCAAAUCCCCUACCAACGGAAAUAAAG